AUGGAAUGGAUUUCCUUCUCGCUUUUUUUUGGUCUAGAGAAGAAGACUGCGAUCGAAGAGGCGAUUGAAGCGGCUGAGAAUGACAGUCGAAUUCAACCCGAAUACGAGUUUGUUUACAAGCAGGCAGUCACUCCAAACGAUGUCUACCUCCAAAUGAGCGACAAAACUCCAUCCACGAUUUUCUGCGAGGAGCUUGUGAUGAAGAUCAAGCUUCCAGACACCGAGUCUUCGAGCGAGAUCAAGCUCGAUGUGAAGCCAACGUAUCUCAAGCUCACAUCUCCUCGCUACUAUCUCGCGACGUACCUUCCACACAAGGUGAACGAUACCAGGAGCUCUGCCACGUGGGACGCCUUGUCAGCAACCCUCGUCCUCACAAUGCCCAUGGUGGACAGAAAUAUGCUUGCUGACUAGGCGCCACG